GCAAUCAUCAGGCAAUAUACAAACUGGCGAUAAAAGCAGAAAUAAAAUGCCUAUAGCACCUAAUUUAGAAAAAUUUCGUGUUCAAUUGAAUGCAGCUGGAUUCAAUCCAGAAACGAUAAAAACAAGGGUUGAAGGUGGAAAAGUAAUUGUCGAAGCUAAACAAGAAGAACGUCAACCUGAUGGUGAUUAUAAUAUUCGAGAAUUACGAAAAUCAUAUGAAUUACCAGAACAUGCUGAUACAAGUCGUCUAGUAUCAUAUGUAACACCAAAUAAUAUAUUAGUUAUUGAAGUUCCUGUUCAUAAUCCUGAAGCUGAACGAAGAGUUGCUCAAGCAAAGAAUGAAAAUCAAUACUUAAGUCAAUUUGGUCAACAUCGAGAUCCACAUUUUGAUUAUAGCAGUUUCUUACAUGGUUCAGACUUUCAACCACGAAUUAUUGACAAAGAUGAUAAUAAGAAACAACUUGAAAUGUCUAUAGAAAUGAAAAAUUAUAAACCAGAAGAAAUCAAAGUAUCAGUAAAGAAUAAUGAAUUGAUCAUCAAAGGUGAACGUCGACAUAAAGAUGGUAAUAGUUUUGAACGAUCAUUCUUUUUCAAAUCAACAACAUUACCACCAGGUACACAAGUUAAACAACUUCAAUCACAUUUGACUGAUGAUGGUCAUAUGAAAAUAGAAGCACCAUAUGUAGAACUAAAAGAAGCUACAAAACAUAUUGAACAAAACGAACCUGCUACAAAACCUGCAGAAGAACAGAAAAAAUAA